AUGGAAAAUUGGUUAAUGUUGCUAUUGCUGGCAAUAGCAUUUACCGGUAAGGCUGUGGUUGUUUCAGCCGCCGCCGCCGCCUAUGAAUCGCCGCAAUUCAGAGUGGUACACUUGGAAUCCGAUUUUGAAAUAAGAUUGUACAUGGAAAUCUCUUGGAUGACAGCUCUUGUCCGUGGAACUUCCUUCGAGAACUCCACUAAACGAGGCUUCCACAGGUUGUAUCAGUAUCUCCAAGGUGCAAACCGUAACUCCACUCGUUUCUUCAUGACAAAGCCCGUCUUAACCAGCAUCAUUCCGUCCCAACGCGGUGGGUCGCCGUCGUCUUAUAUCGUGAGGUAUUAUCUGCCAGCAGAGUAUAACAAUAAGUCUCCGCCGCCGCCCUCGGCGGAGUUGAACUUGCAGUUGGACAAGUGGAAGAGCCACUGUAUUGCAGUCAGAAAGUUUUCCGGAUAUGCUAGGGACGACAAUGUGGAGAAAGAAAAAGACGCUCUGGGUUCUAGCCUUGGUAAAAGGUUGAUGCAAGGAGUGGAUCAAAACCAGUAUUAUAACUACAGCAUUGCGCAGUACAAUGCUUCGAAGCAUCCCACCGGGCGCAUAAACGAGGUUUGGAUUGAUGUAUCGGGUUUUGCCGACGAGGGAUGUCCGGUAUAGCUAUGAGAAAUUUCGCCAUAAUUAUGUUUGUGAGAUAAG